UACCAGUUGCAACGCUCGUAACGGCAGAAACGUGUACGGCGAAGUGCGAUCGACUCGUCGAUGCGCAGCUGUCCGCGCCGCGCUUGUCAAUUUUAAGUUUUCCGAAUCGCGUGUGUAAAUAAACAAAUUAUUUUACUUUUCAUUGCGGAUAAUAUAAUGAAGUGAUACAAAUGUUUGUUUAAAACCGUGUUUACUAACAGUGGAGCGUUUGAAUAAACCCGUAACCGCUUCUCGCAAUGACAAGGGAGAGCACUCGGUUACCAUUUGAGAAACCCGGAGGCAUACAAUGUUUCAUGUGGCUUAAUUGAUGCCUCGUAUUUGCUGAUAAGUGUAUACGUUGAUUUCAAGGACUAUUGUGAAUCGUUCGGAAGUAUUAUAAUCUUUGUUUCGAGUUUUAGACUCGGUCGUCAGUCGUCAAGAGUACACGUUGAAAAUGAGUGUUAUAAGUGGUUUGAGUAAAGCUGAUUUCAAGACGGCGAGUGAUGGGCUGCUGGAGCUAUCCGAGGAGAGGCUCCGCAGUAUAAUGCGUACGGAGCCGAUCACAGACGUCUACCACGUGGAACAGACUCCCUUUGCAAGGGGCAAGUUCGCAUCAGUCCGCAAGAUCCGGCACCUGGUCUCCGGCGAGGAGUACGCAGCCAAGUUCAUCCGCAAACGGAGACGCGCCGCCGACAGCUCCAGGGAGAUACAACAUGAGGUCGCUGUUCUAGCGCUGUGCGCCGGAUGCACGCGCGUCGUCAGACUACAUGAGGUCUACGAGACCCGUUCCGAAGUGGCCAUAGUCCUGGAGCUAUGCGUAGGCGGCGAGCUCCAGCGUCUCCUAGACGAAGAGGAGCGUCUCUCCGAAGGCGCCGCGCGCCGGGCGCUCCGCCACGUCCUGGAAGGCCUGGCACAUCUACACGCACGCCGCAUCGCACACUUGGACUUGAAACCACAGAACCUGCUGCUCACUGGAGGGGGAGAAGAGCUAAUUAUUUGCGACUUCGGAAUCAGUCGGGCUAUACAGCCCGGAGCGCAUGUUAGAGAGAUUUUGGGUACGAGGGAUUAUGUUGCACCAGAAAUCCUGUCGUACGAGCCGCUGUCCCUAGCCGCCGACAUGUGGUCGGUGGGCGUGCUGGCCUACGUGCUCGUCAGCGGCUACUCGCCCUUCGCGGGCGAGACCAAGCAGGAGACCUACCUGAACAUCGCGCAGUGCCAGCUCAGCUUCCCGAGGGACUUGUUCAGAGGAGUUUCGCAGAGGGCCAUGCAGUUCAUCAGGGACACACUUGUCGUGGAUCCUAAGGGUCGUCUUACAGUGGAAGAGUGCCUGGAGCACCCCUGGCUCAAAGACGACGCCGACAUCCCGCGCGCCAUUGUCGGGCUGGGCUUCGACACGGCCGCCAGCGACGCGGACUCCGAUGAGACACAGGAGAAUGGGGUUCAUGGGGUCAACGGGAACGGGGUUAAUGGACACAACGGCAUGAAUGGUCACAGCAACGGGACUAAUGGGACGAACGGCACACAUGAUGAGGAAAAAGAGAGGCCAGUGUCGCCGGUGGCGGAGGAGCGCCUGCCGCCGCUGAAGCACGCGCACGCGCGCGACCCCGCGCCGCCCUUCCCCGACGCGCCCUCCACGCCCAAGGUAUCCCGCAAAUCGCUGCCAUCCCCCCCAUCCGUGCUAGCCCUAUGCAAGAAGUUCCAGCCGGACUACGAGAAGCCGGCAGCGCGCUCGUGCGAGUGCGGCGCGUGCUGCGCGCCGUCGCCCUGCCCCGCGCCGUGCCUGCGCCUGCGCCUGCCGCCGGCGCGCUCCACGCAGGACCGCGCGCUCAUUUGCUAGCGACUGCUCACCGCUGGCGCCUGUUGUCUGCGCUGGCCGACUAGAGGGCGCUGUAGUUAAAGGUGGACUUUUAAACAGAAUGACGUAACGUUUUCGUGCAUCGUGGUUUCAUGCAAUUUAUUGCGAAGACCGGUCUUGCCUAGUGGGUAGUGACCCUGCCUAUGAAGCCGAUGGUUCCGGGUUCGAAUCCUGGUAAGGGCAUUUAUUUGUGUGAUGAUACAGAUAUUUGUUCCUGAGUCAUGGUUGUUUUCUAUGUAUUUAAGUAUUUAUAUAUUAUAUAUAUCGUUGUCUGAGUACCCACAACACAAGCUUUCUUGAGGUUACCGUGGGGCUUAGUCAAUUUGAGUAAAAAAUGUCCUAUAAUAUUUAUUUAUUUAUUAUUUAUUUAUUUAUUGCUCCGUAUUGCCACAUCGAAAACGUUCUACCGGCCCGUGGUCCUUAUCUAAUAUUAUAAUACUAAUAUGUACUAUUUAAUUAACUGUAAAAUUUGUCUAGACUAACUUUGCACGGAUUUGAAUAGUAUUAAAUUGAGGAGGGUGUCAUUAUUAACGUCUUUUCAUAAAAAUUUGACAUUAAUAAUGACAUUGUCAAACUUCGUCAUUGCAAAUGCCGUGCAGAUCUUACUAGGUCCGACUCUGUGACCAUUAAAUUAACUUCAAUGAAAUGUAAAUCGUUUUGAAUUUAAAUAGAGUUCCAUUUGUUAUGUUUUCUGCGAUUUUAAAACCAAUUGUCUAAAACUAUUGAUUUAAAUUUUAUUGACAAACUGGUAGCCUGCUAGAGAUUAGAAAUAUACUAAACAUAUACAGGACCGCUUUGUUUAGAAGUCUACCUUUACGCGAAUCUGCGCCCUCGUCUGCUAGCGCGAAUGCUUCUAGCACAAGCAAACUAGAGGGCGCUGUAGUUACUGAAUGUAUUCAACUUGUAUGUAUUUUCUCUUUUUUCAGGAUUUAUAGUAGGUACUUGAAGUUUUUGACCGGUAAAAAGAUCAAAUACAAGCGUAUGAGUUAAUAAAAUAUAUUAGUUGCUGGUAAUAAAAACGAUUUCGGUCAUUAACUCGGCAUUUGUGAAUUCUGAGAAAAGGGAAAGAAACUUAAAAACUGCCCGGUGAAGAAAGUGAUAUGUUUUAGUAAUUUAGUCUUUGAAUUAUGAGAAAACUACUGAUGUUUCAGUACCAAUGUGAAAUGAUAUAAUUACUACUUACAAGUAAAAAUGAGUGAACGAAAGUAGGAUGAUAAUAAAAUAAAUUGUUCUUAAGUAUUCGUGACUUCAAAAUUUGUAAAAGUAUUCACCCAUCAUUCAUAAAAUGUAACAUGCUUUUGUAAUUUAAUUACUUUUGAUUUAUCUGAUCAACACCUGCUUAUUGAAAAUUAACAGACAAGGAUAAUAUUUCAACAUAAAAUAAUUUCAAAUUUGUUAAAUGUUUUUGAAUAGUCUAUCAGUUCCCAGUGGCCUCAAAAUAUAAAUAUGUAUAUCUUUUGUAGAGAAUUACGUAAAAUUAUACGGAGGUAAAGCGUAAUUUAAUCUUGUAUUUGUAUAAUAUUUCGAUAAUAUUGAACCUCAAUCUGUUAUGUAGUUUUCUAUAACUAAGAAAUACACUAAAUUCUAGGGAUCGUUCUGCUAUUAAUGAAUUCACGCAUUAUACUUGUAUGUAUUUAACUGCGUAAUUCAGGAGUACCUAACUUAUGAAUCUUGAUUAUGAAUUUGAGAUAGCUUUUAUAGUAUUAUGAGAACUAGAUAACGUUAUGUAAAAUACUGUACAUACUUUAUUUGUAUUCGCAUUGUGUUUAUCACUUUCGUUCACUGCUGUAACAAAACUUGCCAGUUAAGGUCUUAAUAGUACAUUAUGCGACUGCUGCAUAAUGACAGGCAUUAUAAUACGGUGUGGGUUUAAGAAACGAGCGAAGUGAGUUUCAUAAAUCACACGAGUGUUUUAAUGCCUAAUUAUGAACAGUUACAUAAGAUGUUAACUGGGAGAGUUUCUGACAACGUUUGUAAAGGUCGCUACUCGAUUACCUUGUCGUUUUAACUAAACCAUGUCCCGCUAAAAAUAUUGUCCAAUUAGUUAAGGCGACGAAGUUCUAACGUAUAGCAUGCGCCGGGCAGUCGCCAUUUUCUUUAUCACCUGUAUUAUGAAAGCGUACUUAGGUAUUAAGUGCUGGCCAACAAAGGCCUAAGUGUAAAGAGGCCAUUUUAAAGUACGGCAGAUAUGCCGUGGCUAUGGGGUUUAAAACAGAAUUGCUCAUUUUAAAGGAAGCUUUUAAGUUCAGACCACAGACUUUUGCUUCAGAUUUUUUUCUUUCGAUCUUCGAAACUCAUACACAAAAAUGUCACUCGCACGCCAACAUCACGAGCGAAUGCGUGCAAAUAUAAACCUUAUUUGAAAGCAUGAAGGUUACAUUAACAGUGUACGGUUUAACAACUAUAAGCGUUCUUGGGCAUAAGCCCCCAUAAGUAAGUUCCCAUAAGGGAACAAAUACUUACGAUUCAUUCUUGGCGUUAAUUCGGACAUUCGGUUGUUUUUUACGGUGGUUUUCUUUCAUGGGUAAUUUUUCAAUAUCAAUUCGUUGGUAGAUACUUUAUGUCUGUGGUUCGGAACUAAAUGAAAGAGAAUACCUCUCUUAUGAGCUAGUUUUUAACCCCAUUAUGCAUGUUUAUAUUAAUGCAGGUUGCGAUUAUGACACGCUAGCCUACUCGGCUCUUUCUCUCGUUGUACAUUAGAAAAGGAUAACGAAUGCACUAGCGUGGUGUAACUGGUGUAAGCUUCGGUCAUAGAUGCUAGGGAAGUGGGCUGUUUAGAGUUUUGAAAGCGUCUACAACUAUUAACACACUAGUCCGUAAAUGAAGAUAAUUUGCCAUUUGCCAUUUGCUGAACUUUAAGCGUGUUAAAAUAUAGAUUAUCAACGCGUAUGUCGGACUUACCAUUUUGUUUUAGUGUGUUAAUGACGAGUCGUAAAACUCAUAAAAAUGCCUUACUUUUCUAUUCCACUCUGACCUUUUGACUUCACUACUUCGGGAAGUGAAACACGCGCAGUGAUGUAAAUACGUAGUUAUAGUUAAGUUAGUCUCACAAGUUGUAUAUUUUUAAUGUGGUAGGGGCCCGAUUACACUUACACCGAACAAAGAAUUAACAUUUUAUUUUCUGAUCGAAACUACAUAAACUUGAAGUACAAAUAUAUUUGUAGUUAUAGGUUCGUGUACAAUUCGAGCUCUUAAACGGUUGCUUAGGAUUGUCGCUGAGGUGACAGCCCCGGUAUACCUUUUUUUAAUGUUUAAGGAAAUGAAAUAUCUAUUUUGUUUUAUUAAGCUAGUUUACACUUACUCUUUUAAGGCCUGUGCACACCGGGUGUGUGUGCCUAGACGUGCACGUGCGCGUUGUAAUAUGGGGGUAUUCAGAAAAAAAUGGUACCAUUUAUUUUUUUCGAAAACCAUCAACUUUCGGGUUAUUCCGACUCAGAAUCACGACUACUAUUGAAUGAUACUUAUGAGACAAAGAAAAAAAGUGUCCCCUGCUUUUCAUACAAAUUUUGGGUGUCAGUUUUGUAACGGUCCAUACAAAAUGUAUGUGAAAAUGCGUUACAAACUGUAUUUUUUUGUGGGACACAUUUUUUUCUUUUUAUAUCGAUAGUCCUUGUGAUUCUGAGUAGACAUAACCCAAAAGUUGAUAGAGUUUCGAAAAAAAGUGAAUGGUACAGUUUUAAGUCAAAAUGCCCAUAUACAGUUCCUUAUGCGACGUGUGCGUGUGCGUCUAUGCGCACGCAGCCGAUGUGGCCUUUCGGAGGUAAGGGCUAGUUCGUGCGAUCGCGCUCCUACAGUGAUGGUACAAAAUGCAUAAUUAUACGCAACAUCGGACGGGGGCUUGCAUAUGUGUUCUUAAGUUUAACCCUGGGCUGGGCUGGCCUUUGUAAAUACUGCCCUCUUACGUACGGCCUUGUGCACACUGUAAAAGUAGAAGUUUUAUUAAACUCGCGCGUUUUUUAUUAAACUAUACAUCGCGUGUGUCCAAGGCCCCAAGCCGCUCAGCGUUUACUUACUUAGAUAUUAAAAUUGUUAAUGUGUCGAUCACAUAGUGACAUUAUAUUGUAGUGUCUAAGUGUUUAGAUGAUUUUAACAGAGGUAUUGUAUACGUAGGUAUGUAGGAUACCGCGUUGACCCUGUGUGGGACCAAAAUUAGUCGCAAAUUCCUUAAUGUUGUUCGUGGUUGUACGAUAUUGAAAUUUUACCCGAUUGUGGGCUGUUGAGUUUGAGCCGUGAAGCGACUUGCGAACGCUCUCGACGUGUCGGCACUGUCGUGUCGUCGCGUAUUGUAAGAGCUGUUGUGAUCCAUAACUAAUUUGUAAAAAUAAAUUAUUGUGAUAUAAAAA